CAUCUUGUCACUACUGAGUGCAGUCUGAACUGAUACUCUGCUUUACUGACGUCGAUUGCCGGCUCCGCGGCCACAUGAAGUACGAUCCCCUCGUGGACCUUCCUGGCGGCGACAAUUUCCAUGACGUGACGGCGUUAUUUGAAGAUGCUGCUGAAGACAUGGAACCCGGGGCUCUCGUGCUGGCUGAAGGGUUUACUCUGCAGGAUGCAAUGUCGUCGUUCGAAAUAGGCGAACCACGCUUCGACAGCGGCUUGGCGCUACUGGACAAAACUAAGCCUUCUUUCAAUCCUCUCGCCCCGCUUACUCCGGAGGAAGUAUGCUGGAUCAUUGAUCGCUCGUUUUCCUGCGAGAUGGAAUGGCACUCCGGUUACACUCUUUCGCAAACCAUAUUUUCAUUCCUUUAUGUUCACUCCUUGAAAGACAUUGAUCCUGAUCUUAUCCCCGGAGGCUCACCGCCACCCUCAGACAACUUGCGUCCGCCAGAGCUAAUCUCAGUCGUUCUAAGGGCGGCUGUGUUCGGCCUUCUCAAGUGUUGUGACCUGUCCUGGAGGGAGCUAAAUAAAGGGAACGUGCACGAUGCGGAGGACUGGCAAAGCGAGAAAUGUGAUGUUGCCCUCUCCGAGGCACUACCCGUCAAAUACGUCUGCAAGGUGCUUGAUGAAGCGUGUCAUUGGCUUGAGACCUCGGCCAAAGUUCAGCAACCCUGGAAAGCUAUGCUUGUGGAUAGAUUAAAGUUUAGGAAGUCGCUGAUUGAGUUGUUUGAGACACAAUUGUCUCAAGCUCACUCCAAUUUGCUUCCGACGAUGAUCAAUCUAAGCCUGCAGUUACUGCAUCCUAUCAUGACAGCAACUCCGUCAGAACCUGCGCCAGACUCUCCGGCCCGUCUUGCAUUUGAUCCUCAUUUUGCUCGUGUUCUUGUGUCGUUCAUCCCCUUGCAUGUCAUAGAGCUACCCGAUCAAGCUCAUACAUGGGCUUCGCUGGAGGGGCUGUUGACUUCGCUGAAGAACGUCAACAAUCUGGCAAACACGGCUGAACUGUCGACAUGGGAGAUUGCUGGUCAUCUACAGUUGUGGUGUCCACGAUCCCAUAGUCGGUUUCCAUACGUGCGUUCAAUCACACAGUCUGCGUUCUGGGACGGCGUCCUUGUACUCAAUAAAUUUGCGAUGAAGCAUAUCGUAGUCCAGUUUUUCCGUGAAACCCUGGACACUUCCUACGACGGCUUCACACAAGCUAUCAGGACAAGGUGGCAAGGUCCGGCGCCUCCACCACUUGCACACAUUGAACGCACCAUGACGCAGAUAAUGAUGGCGCACAUCAAGGCGCUCUGGUACAACCCACCACGGCGGCGCCGAUUCUGCGCAAAGUCGCUAUUUGACUGGCACGACCUAUUCGCUGUGUUAAUGGAUGUGUCUGUGCACCUUGCGCCCUUGCAAGACCAAAAGCAUGACCACGUGCGUCGCGCCAAGAUGGCCGUGCUGAUGUAUAGGCUGUCUGUAAUCCGCGAAGUUAUUUUAUCUGGAUUCCAACUGUCCCUUUACACAAACGAAGAGCGUGUAUUUGCGUACUGGUAUGUUGUGCAGGUGCUUGAGAUGCACUUGGCCUGCAUAGAUCAACUUAUGCCAGGCAUGUCGCGUGGCUCAAAUGCCUACUGCGAGCUGAGGUAUCAGUCGCAAUUCCUCACGGCACUACAGUCUCUCUCAAUCGCUGUCUUCUCUAUCACGGUCAAACAAACGACCUUCUCAUGGCGACGUACGAGGCUCAACUUCUUGCGGCGCUACAAGUGGGCUUUUAUGCCCGAGUAUGAAGAUCUUGAUCUGCAGCCGUUCGGACAUCCCAGCUUCACCAAAUUUGCUGCUGCGUGCGAGGCCAUGCAAAAGGCAAGCUGUUCACAAAGUUUUAUCGUGUUCGUUAACACACAACUCCCUUCGACCGAGCAGCCCUUGACGACAUGGGACGCGAAGACUUUUAAGUGGGAUGUGGAUGUUCACCCCUGGUUUCCAGUUAUCUCUGGAUCCCCUCCAGCGCCGCCACGAUAG